AGCUAUUCACAGCUUCAUCUCCAGCUGUCACGCUUCGCGUCUUCCAUCUUCGACCAUCCCUCGUCCCACCCCUUCGCCGCAUACAACAACCGAUCCAAUAUGGCCACUUCACGGGAUGCCCGUGCUUCUACGCAGGAAGGCGGUAACAAAUCAGAUUCCAAGGAAACGCGUCUUCUCUGGAACCCCGAGAACGUUAGAGAUGUAGCUGAAUCAGUUGGCAUUUCUUCCCUUAGCGACGAGGCUCUGCGCACCCUAUCGCAAGAUGUCGAGUACCGCAUCGGACAAGUACUGGCCGAGGCCCUCCGAUUCAUGCGCCUUGGAAAGCGAACCUCUAUGACUGUCAAGGAUGUUUCCCUCGCGCUGCGAGUGCUGGACGUUGAGCCGCUUUACGGAUACGAUUCAACCAAAUCGUUGCGAUAUGGAGAGGCGACAAUGGGCCAACCAUUUUUCUACAUUGAUGAUGAAGAGGCCGACUUCGAGCGCGUCAUUAACGCAGCCUUGCCCAAGGUUUCUCGAGAUGCAAACUACACGAGUCACUGGCUAGCAAUAGAAGGCGUUCAACCGACCGUUCCACAGAAUCCUACAUCAUCAGAGGCACGAUCACAAGAUCUUCUACCCAAGGGACCUGGCGCCAACUCUGCUCUUGCGGCCUUAGCGGGACACGACAACCCCAAUUUCCGACCUGCUGUGAAGCAUGCUGUUUCACAAGAACAAAUUCUCUUCUUUGAAAAGGUUCAGGCUGCUUUGCUAGAUGACAGCCCCGAUCCAGAGGUUCAUCGACUCCGCCAAGCAGCUCUAGCCGCUGUCAUCGCUGAACCGGGCACACAUCAGCUCAUGCCUUACUACGUCAACUUCAUCUCUAAUCAGGUCACGCAUUACCUCGAUGAUCUAUUUAUCUUACGGCAAAUGAUGGAGUUGACGAAUGCUCUAAUCUCCAACGAACAUAUCUUCGUCGACCCAUACGCUAGUGCUCUAUGUGCACCCGUUUUGACAUGUCUGUUGGGACGACGGCUUGGCUCUGAGAAUGGAAGCGAUGCUGUCAAAGAACAAUACCAACUCCGCGAGGUUGCAGCCUCCCUGAUUGGACGGAUUGCUCAGAAAUACUCUGGUGCAAACAAAGUUCUGCGCCCGAAAUUGACUCGGUCCUGCCUCAAAGCCUUCCUGAACCCCAGCAUGCCAUCGCAAGUCUGGUACGGAGCUAUUCUAGGCAUUCUGGCGGCCGGCGGGCCCGAAGCUAUCAAGGUUCUUGUGUUACCGAAUCUGAAAGCGUUCGAUUCGACGAUGCUGCAGCCUUUGAAAGAGAAAGGCGAGGCAAGUCGUCUUGACUUUGAGAUGGUGAUUGGCGCCAUUAUGAAGACCGCCCAAGCACUGGCUAAUAACGACAUAAUAAUGGACGGCUCGAAUGGGGCUACCAAUGAUCGUGAAGCCAGCCAGAUCAAGGACUUCCUUGGCGACAUCAUUGGAGAGCGGAUCGUCCGACUCGCCAACCACAAAAUCAACCGAGAUGUGCUGGAUGCUAUGGACUUCCAGUAGACUUGGAAUUGCAGCGAGGCGCAGUUUAGAUAUGCGUUCUCUCCAUCAGAUAGGUGGCUAUAAGGAAGAUGGAGACUCGGAUGAAACACUGAAAUAAAAUAUGAGCAGAAGAGUGAAAGGGAGAAAGCGCGGAUGUUUAUGUCCACUUGAAGCCAAGAGAUGGGUGAGAGGCAUUUUGUAUGGCGUUUGGUCAAUACCCCCGGGUCAUAGGAAUGGCGUUCGAUCUUUAUUACGGGGCUUUUUUUCUUGGUGUCAAUAUGAAAAAGUUUAUUACGCAAGGGGAUUACAGGGUACGUGUAUUCUUUGGGUGAGGGGAUAAUAACCUCGUUUUGGAAUCGAUAUCAUAGCAGGGGAUAAAGGCUUGAGACAGGGAAUAUACAAU